GGGGAAGAGAGUAUGAUAGACCCACGGAGCUGCAGCUUUCAAGCUCGGGAAUGGGGGGAUCCCACGUGGGACCAAGGGCUAACAACAAGCUAACACUGCUGCUGCCUCCUUCCUUUCGGAUCGGCAGAAAGAAGGUCCCCCCCAGGGACCAGGUGUAGAAUUGUAGUUGUCACGAUUACUGACCGGCGUCACAUCCGAGUGGUGGGAUGGGACGGCUGGACUGACGACGCUGCCCCAUGUUCUGGUCCUUUCCGGUUGUGCAGCAGGAGUCAUGCCACGGCAUCACACCACCCACUCCUUUCACGCCAACCCACCGAGCACCCCGAGAAGCACCACUACUACCAUACCCUGUCGCCUUUCUCUCGCUUCACCUAUUUUCCGUGAAAGCCAACCACCAUUCCUCUUUCAUUUCGUUUCAUGUAGUUUAUGGGCCAUCAAUAAUAUUCACACCUGUGGUUGUAGGUUGACGAUACCGUAAGACCCGUGCUGCUGCCCCCUUGUUACGAGCUUAGUUGUGGUUUUUGCGCCCGUUUAGUACCCGUGAUUUUAGUAGUUUUCUAGGCAGUUCGCAGAGUUGGAAAAGGGUACCUUAAUUGUUGAAACCCCCUUCCCUCUCCCGUAUAGUGCGAAAGUUACGCCAAACACAUCCAUGGAAAUGCGAGGCUGUUGGUGCGGGAAAGAUCAAUUGCGCUAUAGUAUGCGGUGUUAGAGAAGUUCCUUCGGGUGCGCCAGGGGAGUUGGUUUCGCCUUCUUCGACGCUCCUCUUGUUACGGUCCAGUAUCAGCUGAAGAGAAAUCGACAAGUCUUAGGAAUUCAAUUUUACGAGCACUUAAGUAGGUUAUUUCCAUGUUCUGGACAUAGAUGGAGGCGCUUGAGAAGCCCAAGGAAAAGCGGACGAAGUCUGGUGGACCUCAUGGGAUAAAAAGUAAAUCUGCUACGGUGGAUCAUGCUGCUACUCAUCAGCAUGUAAGACUGCGCAUCAAACUCCCAGUCUCGCCCGCAAGAAACUUGGCUGGGUCUACGAAGGGUGCAAAGUCCUCAACUGGUGCAUCUGUGGCUACCAACCAUGAACCGGCUACUUCAGAUCCCAGUGAUCACAAGUCGGGUGACACCGAGCCUACUUCACCUGCCCCUGAGUAUCAGGACUUCUCAAAUACAUCUUUGAAAGAACUUCGGAGACGAUACGAGGCUAAGUUUGGGACAGCUACACUUUCCAACAAUAGUGAUUAUCUCAAAAGGAAGCUGGCGGGUCAAUGCGGUCCCCCUCGCUUACGGAGAACAAAUGUGGAACAUGACGUGACAGUCGAAAAAUCUCCAAAGAAAUCCCCGACGUCUAGGAGACGGAAGGUGGAAGACAUUUUAGAACCAGAAGCUCGAGUGGUGGGAGCUGAGGAAGAUAUAGACGUAGAUGUAGAAGUUGCCGAUGGCGAAGACGAAGAUUCAGAUCCAGACUGUGGUGUGCAAGAUGGAGACGCCUCUACUCCUUUGAAGAAGCAACGAAGUGGUCGGAAAGAUGGAGGUGCUAAUCAGUGGACAAGCCAAGCUGAAGAGAUCCGGCGGAUAGUGCGAAAGAAACGGCGCAAUAGAGCAUUUCCUCCACAGACACUUGUUUGGGCUAAACUUGAGGAACGUCCAUGGUGGCCAGCAAGGGUGGUUAAUCUUGAGGAGUUGCCAGAAUCUGUGCUAGAGAAGAAACUGGUGGGAUGGACAUGCGUCGAACUCUAUGGUUUACCUACUGAUGAGCAGCGAUUCGCUUGGUUGCAAAGGGAGAACUUGGCCUCGUACAAAAAGUUUCGAAAGGAUUUCAAUGAGCAGAAGUUUCCUGAGCGUUUUGAAGAUGGUAAUUUUCAGUUAGCACUCAAAGAUAUUUCCGAUGAAGCGAAACGCAGACGAACUGCAGAUAAUACAGCAGUAGGUACCAAGUCUUUGAGAGAAGAGAGGGAUUCAUCCAUGGAGGUGCGUUCUUCCAACAGUUCUUCCAGUGAUGAGGAUGAGUCAGAAGCUCCUUUACGUUUGGGUAAAGAGACCCUCGACACUGGGAAGAAACACUUAAAACAUAGGACGGAGAUUGGCCAAGGGAAGUUGAAGCAGAUGCGAAUGAAGAAAGUUCAUGGUUUGCAGGUUGAGGACAUGAAGCAAGCAAGAUCUAUGUGUUUAAGCAAAGGGGAGGAGGAUGCAACGAUUUCGAAACUGAAGAAGACAAAAGAUAAUGGUGGAGAUAUGACCAGGAAGAGAAAAAGGCUUGUUGCAGAUGAGCAAAUGAAGGAUGAUUCACAGGGUUCCUCCGAUGAGGCCGAGGACGUUACGAUCCCUGAAUCCCCACCGACAAAGGCAGUGAGUGACUCCAAGUUGAAUCGGCAGAGCAUUGGGAAGAAGCUGAGUAGGAGCCUUUCAAAUGCUGGAGAUUCAGUCAAGGUCGACAAGGAUGGGUCUCGGAAACCCAAGAGGACUGGUGAAGACGGGGUGAGCCACAAUUUUUUUCAGCCAGCAUUGUAUUACUAUGACUGUGAAGUUUGCGGUAUUGGUGGUGAAUUACUUUGCUGCGAUCUUUGUCCUCGUGUCUACCAUCUGGAGUGUUUGACGCCUCCUCUUAAGCGCACUCCUCCAGGCAAGUGGGUAUGCCCUACAUGUCGUGACCGAUCAGGGGUUGUGAGAGCAGCUGGCAAUUCCUUUGCAGACGCAAGGCAGCAAUCUAAGGUCAAGGGUGUUGAGGAUCCUUCAGCACGUGCUGGCAAUAAGGUUUGGCGGAAAGAGAAGUCCAUAGGCCCCCCUGUCGUGUCGUCCGAAAAAAUUUCUAAGAGAAGGAGGGAGGAUGCGGAUUCAAAAAGGCGGAGGAAACGUGCUAAAUCCAAAGGAGAAGAAGAUAGUGGUCAGAGAAAGCUCAACUGUGGUUAUUGUGGCGUUGAAACUUUUUCAUUACGAAGCUCUGGUUUGUGUGACAAGUGCCAUCCUGAAAUCAGGGCGGGCACUGUUGAUGAUAAUCCUUCUAAUAGCACCCCUGCAGAAUGCGUGGAAACGAUCCAACUCGAGAAAGACGAACUGAAGUCCGGAAGAUGUCAUUCAUGUGGAGAGCGAGGUGUUGACUUCAAUUGUGGGAACUGUUCUUGUGCGUUUCACAAGGAUUGUGUUGUUCCUCCUCUACGGAGGAUGCCCAAAAACCCAUGGUUCUGUUCUAGUUGCAGUUCAGGAGGCGAUCAUGACCUUGGGGAUGAGCAACCUUUUGAUGCUUUAUCUGCUGAGCAGGUACAUUGUAUCCUUGGUUGCCGAGUUCCAGCCUGUCAGGGCUUGCCUACAUCAAGAUGUGUCACUGAAAUGGACAAAGAUAGACAACUGAAGGUUUAUCCUCAGAAGGUUGAAGAGGGCAAUGUUAAUGGAUCCUUAAAAAAUAUACUUGAGGGACCUGGUGAUGCUGCAGGUAUGGAGUGGAAGGUUGUGAAAAGAAAGCAGUCAUCUGAUGUGAAUCCAACUGGAGGAGCACAGACGGCUGUGCCGAUGGAAAUAGAUUCUCUGUCAGGUGCUGGUGCCGGAGCUGCUAUAUUGAACACAGAACGGAAAUCACUGGACUUGGAAGAAGAGGAGCCGGAAACUAAAACAGUUGUGUCUGAAAUUGAAAGUGUCAAAGUGAAAACAUCUGCACUGACUAAUCCGAAAGAAAAAAAUUCCUCUAAAUUGUCAAGUAGUGGUGUAGUUCAAGUCGAGGAUCCUUCGUUUGUGAUUGAAAUUGGCGGUCACUACAUGAAUUUGAAUGUUCAGUUGCCACUCGACAGUGUUACAAAGACCGACGAGAAUGCCUCGAAUAAAGAAAUCGCGUGUGGUGGAUUGUCUAAUUCCCUUUUACAACAAAGCAAGGACACGACAAGAAAGAUCAAAGAAUUUGAGAAUGGGAAAAUCACGUCCUCAGGUGUUGCCCCUACAGAAGCAGCUGAGAAGAAAGGAAAUCCAGAUUCUUUGUGUGAUAUCAACGCUACGGGCACCGAUGGCCAAGUGAACCUGUCUCCAAGUCUGGAGUUUCUUGUGAAAUGGCGAGACAGGUCUCACAUACAUAAUGAAUGGGUCAGUGAGGAGAGGCUGCGAACCAUUGCCAAACGAAAACUGGAAAAGUAUAAGCUUAAGUACGGGACAGAUCCCUUGAUCUUAAUGGAUGACGAAUGUUUAAAGCCGCAGCGAAUCCUAGCCACUAGAGUAGGCAAAAAUGGUUCAGCUGAAGUAUUAGUGAAGUGGCACAGCCAGCCGUACGAUGCAUGCACUUGGGAAGAUAAAGGGCAUCCUGUCGUUGCCAAGAAUCUUGAGCUUCUUCAAGUAUUUGAGCGGUUUGAGGCAGCAGCCGUCACAAAGACGUCCAAUAUGAUGACUAACGAAAACCGUCCUUCAGGGAUUGAAGAGCUUACUGUGCAGCCAGAGUGGUUGAGAGGAGGAGGGAUAUUGUUUCCUCAUCAGCUGGAAGCGCUUAAUUGGCUGAGGAAAAGCUGGUAUCAUCACAAGAAAGUGAUUCUGGCAGAUGAGAUGGGUUUAGGCAAGACCAUAUCGGCAUGCGCAUUCCUGGCUUCCCUCUACCGGGAGUUUCGUGUGAAUGCUCCUUGUCUGGUUCUUGUGCCACUUUCAACUAUGUCUAAUUGGCUGGCUGAAUUUUCGGUGUGGGCUCCUUUUCUAAAUGUCAUUGAAUAUCAUGGUUCUGUGAAGGCUAGAGCUGUGAUUCGAGAGUAUGAGUGGUAUUCCACGACUACUGGCAAAUCAGGAAAUGAAGGGAAGCGACCAGAUUCCCAAAUAAUCAAGUUCGAUGUCAUGCUUACGUCGUAUGAGAUGGUGAUUUCUGAUUCAAAUCAGCUCCGCUCGAUUCCUUGGGAAGUUUUGAUAGUUGAUGAAGGUCAGAGACUGAAAAAUUCAGAAAGCAAGCUCUUUACACUUCUCAAUACGUAUAAAUUUGGUCACCGAGUUCUUCUGACGGGUACUCCACUUCAGAAUAAUCUGAGUGAAAUGUACAACCUUCUCAACUUUCUGCAACCAGAAACGUUUCCGUCUCAGGGUGCAUUUGAGGAGAAGUUCGGCUCUUUGAGUACAGCUGAGCAAGUGGAUGAGCUGAAGAAGCUCGUUGCGCCUCACAUGCUGCGUCGAUUAAAGAAAGAUGUUAUGCAAAAUAUACCGCCCAAAGCCGAGCGGGUUGUUCCUGUUGAGCUGACACCGGUGCAAGCAGAGUACUACCGUGCUCUUUUAACCAAAAACUAUCAGCUGCUAAGACAAGUAGGUGGCUGCAAGCCAGGUGGUCAGAAUCAAUCGUUGCUCAAUAUUAUGAUGCAACUACGAAAGGUUUGCAAUCAUCCGUAUCUCCUUCCAGGAUCGGAGCCAGAGGGAGGAAGUCCCAAAUUUUUUCACGAGAUGCGCAUCAAAGCGUCAGCGAAAUUGACACUUCUGCAUUCCAUGCUGCGGCAUCUAAAGAGGGGAGGUCACCGUGUGCUGAUUUUUUCGCAGAUGACUAAGCUCUUAGAUAUUCUGGAAGAGUAUAUGGUGUUCGAGUUUGGUGCUCACAGCUAUGAGCGAGUGGAUGGAUCAGUACCAGUAGCUGAGCGACAGAAAAGUAUCUCUCGUUUUAACCAGGAUCAGUCUCGGUUUGUGUUUCUCUUGUCCACACGCUCAUGUGGAUUAGGUAUUAACUUGGCCACAGCAGAUACGGUCAUAAUUUAUGAUUCGGAUUUCAACCCUCACGCAGAUAUUCAAGCUAUGAACCGUGCACAUCGGAUUGGACAAUCUAAAACCCUUCUGGUUUACCGUCUGGUCGUUCGUGCAAGUGUUGAGGAACGGAUCCUUCAGCUUGCAAGGAAAAAGUUAAUGCUGGAGUACCUGUUUGCGAAUAAGUCUGGCUCUCAAAAAGAAGUUGAAGAUAUCAUCCGAUGGGGUACUGAGGAACUCUUUGCAGGAGAUAGUUUGGAAGAAUCACGUGCUUUGCUGAAUGCUGAGGUUGGUGCCACUGAAGAAGUCAGAAGGAAGCCAUUAGAUGAGACGUGUGGAAAAUCAAGUGGCCUCGAUAGAGAGAUCAAAGACGAUUGUAAGGACGGAAUGUUGUCUCAAGACAAAGUUCAGAAAAAAGCGAAAGCAGCUAAGGUGAUCUGGGAUGAUGUUGCAGUCUCCCGGUUGCUGGACAGGUCAGACCUGGCAACUACCAAUAUGGAAGUGGCUGAAGGAGACCAAGGAGGUGACUGGUUGGGUUCUCUCAAGACCUGGACCUGGAAUGAACAAGAUUGUGGGGAGCAAAUGGACAAUGAGGAAGAUUCUCCAAGGGAUAUUGAAAUUGCAGAAAAUCCUCUUAACCCAAGCGUAGAGCAGAAUAAAUGGGAAGAACUUUUGCGAUUAAGAUGGGAGAAGUUACAAAAGGAGGAAGAAGCCGCACUAGGUCGUGGGAAGCGGACGCGGAAAAAUGUUCUCUACAAUGAGUCCCAGGUUUUGAAGCUGGAAGAGGAAUCUUCGGGUUAUUCAGAGGAAGACUUGGAUAGAGAUCAUUCAUCUGAGCCUGUGUCUAAGCCCGUCCCUCGUGUCAAGCAGCCUCUGGGAAAGGUUCGAGCUGACGAUCAAGAUUUAAAUAUAAAGGAUGACACUCAGUCAAGCUUUGCAGAUGAGGGCAAACCUGUCAGUGGAUCCUUUAAGACUCCGGCUUCUUCGUCUUCAAAUCCACUGACAACUUCAUUCUCACAAAUCGCAGCUCAUGAGACAGAGGAACGGAGCCCUACUUUUCAGGGCACCCACCGGAGUAGCUCUGCUAAAGUCAACACCAUUCAAACUCCUAUUACUAUUGACCUUGAAGAUACACCAAGAACGAUGCCUUCCAUCAGUAUCAUCAAUGUCGAGCAAUCGAGGAAUGGCAACGUAUCUUAUCCUCAUAGAGUAUAUACUGUGCCGGGAACACCAGUUAGAGCAGCAGGAGAGCAGUCACUUGUCAGCUCUAAACACCAUGUUCCAUCCCCACUGCUGUCCAGUGAACAGAUUGACCCAGAUUUAAGUACCCUGAGAAAACAAUUGGACAAAGGUCCGCAAAGCAGUUUGAGUUCUCAAGCCAUUCGGCAGCUUUUAUCACCUGCGAUUCAAGGAUCUAGCGGUCAAUAUGGAAGCGCUGGACACUCAAACAUCAGAUCUCUUGUGUUUGAUGGUGUAUCUGGAUCAAGAGUUCCUCAACCAGUUAGUGAGGAGCGUGUCUUUGACAACCCUGGAAAUAGGAGGCACGAUGCUGAUUUGCAAGGACUCCAACCAGAUCUCUUACAACGAGCCUACGCAAGAGAAGGACAAAAUUCUGCUAUGCUGUCGACCUCUGGGGUAUUUGAUGUUCCUCACGCAAGUUCAAUAAAGGACUCUCGAGAUGCUACGGGAUCAGUAACUGUGUCUGAAUUACUCAGACGCGUUUCUAAUAAGAAGGGAGGAAGUAUGUUACCCCCUGCGUCCUCUGAUGGAAGACAUUCCUCCCAAUUCUUAUCAAAUGAUGUCUUACCCAAUGUCCUGGGGACAAAUCAGUCUAGCCAGGGUUCGCCAAAUCUCUCCAUGUCUCUGGGAUUUGGGGGCUUAAACCUAUCUGGCCAAGACCAGGGUUUGCUCGUGAGGGCACGAGCAAGCCAUGAUUCUCAAAAGCUCGCCCGGUCGCACAACAAGACGGGCACUUCUUUAGGGGUACCCAGUUCUUUAUGUGGUAGUGGAGAUGUCACAAGAGUUCAGGGGGGGGACGCCUUAUUGGUCUCUGGUGGCAGCGAUCACCAUGAAGGGAGAUCCUCAGAUGGGUCUUUACGAUUGUUAAGUGGCUCACAAGACAUGGUCGGCCUGCCGAGUUUGAACAAGUAUGAGUUAAGCAAGCGGAGUUCGCCCUUUGGAGAAACUUAUGCUAGGUUCAAGCAAGGUUCGCAUGUUGAACCCUGGACCGAAGAUGAGCUUGACUCCUUGUGGACAGGUGUGCGUCGUCUAGGUUGUGGCAAUUGGGCAGCGAUGUUACUAGACCGUCGCCUGAAUUUUCACAAAAGUCGUACUGCACACGAUUUAGCAGAGCGAUGGAGAGAAGAACAAAUGAAAUUGUUUGGACCUUCACCCGCUGAUAUCGAAACCAAGCCAGUAAGACAAGGCUAUAGCCCUCUGUCUAGUGCAGAAGAUGGAAUCGGUCAUAGAAACCGGGACCACACUUCGGCUGGUGAAGAAAGUUAUGUUAAAAAUAGAAAAGGAAGUGCAGACAGCUUCGAAAGGUUCCCAAAAGAAACCAUAGACUUGACCGGUACCUCAACAAUUAUUAAUCAAGCCAUUGAUAGGAAGCAAGUAUUGGAGACUUUGCGGGCAGUAGAUUUGUCGUAUCGUAGGUCAUCUGGCAUGACAGGCAAUCCUGCCAUUGAUAGGGUGGAGUAUUCUAAGGUCCCCGAGUCAUCUUCUGCUUUGGAUCUGGUCAAUUCUGUAAGACCCCAGGGAAGCGCUGUUCGUGAGAGUGGCAGUGCAUCCAGAUCUGGGUUGGCCAUGGAGGGUCACUCUAUUGAUUUCGACAAGUGGGAAGGAACCACUAGUCGAAGGCGUAUCGACGUUCCAAAAGAAAUGUUGCGGCAGUCACAACUGCCAAAAACGAAGUUGCCUGCCUCUUUUCUGGCAAAUCUCUCAGCUAGUCAAUCGAUUGAUGCUCGCGAGAAGCAGUCUCAAGAGUUACGGGACCAACAUACUCUCCCUUUACUUCCACAAGUGUCAGCACCUGGCUUGGGGUUAUUAGAUGCAGGGCAAAGCUCCAGUGGAUCGUUUCCUCACAAGGCGUCAUUUAGCCAGCAGAUGCAACAAGACAAUAUUUCACUGAGGGGGUUUCAUGAUUCACCAAGAAACCAUGAUUCAAGGGCCUCUUCCUUAUCUUCUACUUUUGCGGAGUUGGACAAGAGGAGGUUGAAGAUAGGGCUCGGAUCAUCCAAGAAUUCCGACGCGAUGGGUUCGAAUGAAGCUAGCCAAAGCCUGCCUCAUUGGUUGCGCGAGGCCUUUAAACCUGAUCAACCCCCUCCCCCUCCCCCAAAAGUUGCCACUGUAUCUCCCAUGAUUACCGCCGUUGCUCAGGCAACCUCGUUUCUGUACAAAGAUUGUGUUCCCUUUCUUACGCCUUUUGUACACCCUGGGACCCUGCCCGCACCCCCAAGAAGAGCAGCGAAGAAAAGAAAGUCGGCUGCUGGAGAGGCUGAAAGUGGACGUGGCACCGAAGUGGUUUCGGUACGAAAUGAGCUAAAUUUUCUCAUGUCUGGUGUUGAAUCCACGAACCCCUCCCUCUCUUCAUCUUUGCAACAAUUUGCAUCAAGCUUGAAUGCGGGAUUUAACACUGGGGGUCAAACAGCAAGUGCUCCUUCUACCUCAUCAUUCUCAAAACGUCACGUUGAUUUCUCUGCUUUGCCUUCACUAGAUACACCUGCGCAGCCGUCUUUUUCGAAACCCAUUCCUGCUUUAGAAGAGUUGAUGUCUCUGAAGAACUUACCAUCACUACCCUCAGUAGCCCCGCCUUUAGAUGACACUGUCACAAGUGGAUUAGAAAGAAGUUUUCUUGCACAAAGCAGUGCCCAGGUCCUUGACACCACAUCCGCUGGACAAAACAUAGUCUUCUCAAGCAGGAGUGAACGUCACGGUGCUAAAGAUGGUCGCCACCGAAAUUCCAACUCAUUCCCUGUGAACAAGCACUCUUUAUCGUUAAGAAAAGGUGACAUUGGAGCCCAAGAAGUUAUCCACUUAAGACGCAGACACGAGGCCCGUACCCGAAAGCGCAAGUCUACUACUUUCUCGUUUGCAUCAGCAAAGCUGCCCAGCUACGAGGGGUCUCCUGACUCCCCUCACAAACAUCGCCAAGAUGGAAGUGGAGAGUCGCAGUUGCCCGGUUGGAUGAUUGCCGCUGAUGUUGGAACCAAGAGUCGGCAGAAGGCAUCCUCUAAGAAAGGAGAUGGCAACUCCUCCAGUGAAACAGAAUCAGAUCCUCGAAUCCGUGGUGCAGCAGGAAUGGCAGGGGCGGAUGACGACGAUGCAUCAUCAGAUGAGACGGUGUCGGAUGAUCGGACACAGUAGAAUGUAGACAGGAAAUUUUUAAUUUUGACUUAAUUUGGUACUUUUAAUUAGCCAUGUCAUAUGUGAACAGAUUUUUAACAACUUCAAGAGAACCCUCAUUUCUAUGCA